AUGGAGAAUCAUCAUUCUCGGCCAAAUGAUGCGUUGGAUUUAUCCUUACAAGGUACAGCCAUUCAACCAGGAACUAUAUCUUCACGUCCAUCAAGUACGCGAAGUGAUUCUCAAUUGAAACAACCAGGAAUUAUUUCUUCACGUCCAUCAAGUGCACGAAAUAAUUCUCAGUCAAAACAACCAGAAACACCAACAAGAGGAGGCAGUGCUAAAGAACGUAGAACAAGUUUGAGUACAAGUGUAAAUUUAAGUAGUGCUAGACAAAGACGACUUAGUAAUAGUGGUCAACGCUCGAUUUCGAUUACAUCACCACCUGCUGAUACUAAAAAAUCGAUAACUGCAUCAACAUCAUCGAGCAUCUUUCGUGUAAUAAGUCCACGUCAACAUGACGCUGAUGCAUUCUUUACUGAUCAAAGUCAACAAAAAUCUUUUGAAAAAAAACCUGGGGAUGAGGAUGAAUGGGAUGAUACGCGUCGCUGGAUUGAUGAAAUUCAUCAUUUAAAUUCAUCGUUUACUGCACAACAACAAAAUCAUGGUGUUGGACCUAUGGGUAUGUCACGUGAUAGUCUUAAUGGAACUAUCACAGGCACUAAUCUAUUUCCAUCGAAUGACAAUCAACAUGAACAACUUAUGCCAAUUCCAGAAUCAUCUCGUACAGGACAAUUAAUAUCAACAGAAGCUGAUUUAAAAAGCGGAAAUUCUUCAAUAGCUAUUGAACGGUGGUAUGAAAAAAAUGAUGAAAGAAUUGAAGAAAAACAAUUUCGACAACAAGGACCAAUUGACCAAGAAAAAUUAACUUCCUUUGAACAUAUCAGACCUACAGAAUAUGAACACCAUCAACAACAACAAGAAAUAACAUCCCCUAAAGAAACUCAGCAACAAAAUAAUAGUAGAUUAAAUAGUCGUCGAUUAUCAUCAUCUAGCAGUACAUCAAGACAUCGAAUAACACCUAUAUCAUCACCAAUUCCAUCAACUUCAAAUGUUGAUCAAAAAAUAAGAUAUGUUAGUUCGACGACACCAUCAGCAUCAUCAUCAACAACAACGACAGCAUCAAAAGUGACCUUAAAUGAUGUUUAUGAAACAUUAAGAAGAUUAGAAGAAGUCGAAAAAUUUCCUAUACAAUCUCCAUUAGCAGAUGAUUCAGUUUAUGUCAUCGAUCCAACUGCAGCAGCACUAUCUCCAUUUAUUGAUGAACUUCCAUCAGAAACUUCAAAUCAUGUUGAUUCUGUAAUCACUCAUCUCAACAAAACUGAUCAAGAUGAUCAAACUAUUGAAAGUGUUCGAUCACAAAAACUCACUACACGUGAAACAUCAUCACCUUCAAUGAUUCGUUUUACAACUCCACCUCAAUCAAAUCGACGACAACAAUCAAAAAAAUUAGUACAAUCAGUUUCUAUACCUCAUAUUCAAGCAUCAUCAUCAAUCGAUCAACAAACAAGAUAUGGAACAAAAGUAACAACACCAUAUAAAUCAUUAACGAUUGCUCCCUAUCGAGCAAGUCUUCGAGAAGAUGAAUUUAAAAAUAGUAAUAAAACAAUUCAUGAUAGUAGAGACACAAAAGUUUCAUUAAGAAUGGAUUAUGAAGAAAAACAACGACAACCAAUUAUUAAUCAACAACAAUCAAAUCAACUAUAUGAAUCAUCUCUUCAUCGUAGCAAAGAUUUCGAACAGGACUAUGAUUAUCAUUUACAAAAACAAAAAGAUGAAUAUGAAGCUAUUAUACAACGUCAUUUGAAAUUUAUUGAUCAGUUAAUUGAUGAUAAGAAAAAAAUAUCUCAACGUUGUGAACUUUUACUAUCAGAAUUAAAAAUAAUCGAUAGAAAAUAUAAUGAUCGAAUGCGAUCUGUUGAAGAAGCCAAUCGUAAUGAAUUACAAAAAUUAAAAGAUGUUCAUGAAGCAGCUGAAAAAUUACGACGUGAACAUUGGAUUGAAGAAAAAACAAAGAAAAUAAAAGAAUUAACUGUACGUGGUUUAGAACCUGAAAUUCAAAAAUUAAUUAGUAAACAUAAAAAUGAAAUAACAAAAAUAAAAACUGUUCAUGAAGCUGAACUAUUAGCAGCUGAUGAACGUGCUUCACAACGUUAUAUUCGUAUGACAGAAGAAUUACGUGAUCAAUUAGAACGUGAAAAAGAAGUUGCUAUUGCUCGUGAACGUGAAUUAGCUCGAGAAAAAUAUGAAAAAUCUUUACAUGAUGAAGAAAAAACAUUUAAUGAACAAAGACGUCGACUGUAUACGGAAAUUGACGAAGAAAAAAAUCGAGAAGCUGAACUAAUAGCGAAACAACGUGCUGAUUUAGACAAACUUCGACGUGAUAUCGAAGAGAAUCAUCGAACUGUUGUUGAUUCAACUAAACGUGAAUAUGAAGCAAUACGUUUAGAACAAGAACGUCGACAUGUCAAUGAAAUUCAAGAAUUGAAAGAUAAAUUAGCAUUAGAGAAACAAAAUUGGGAAGAAAGUAUUAUGAAAAAACAAGAAACUAUAUUAGCUAAUAGAGAACGUGAAUUACGAGAACAAAUGAAACAAGAACGAGACAAAGAAAUUGAAAAAAUUAUUGCACAAUUUGAAUCAGAUACAACGACAAGCAAAGAAGAAACAGAGCGUUCAGCAGAAGAUCGUGUUAAACGUAUUCGAGAUAAAUAUGAAGUAGAAUUUCAUGAAUUAGAAAAUUCCGAAAAACAAACAAGAGAACGAUUUAAUCAAAUUAAAGCUCAAAUGACAGAAGUUCAAGGUGAUAACGAACGAUUUCAAGUAUUACUUAAACAAAAAGAAACAGAAGUCAAUGAUAUCAAAAAGGUACUAAGAAAAAUCUUGUUAAAUAUACGAGAAAAUACAAUAAUCACAGAAACAUUACAACAGGAACGUGAUCGUUUAUCAGAAAUUAUUCGACAAGAAUUUGCUGAUCGACUUGUGUUAACUGAAGAAGAGAAUCGUCGAAUAAAAGGUGAAAUAGCAGAAUUACGUGCUCGACAACAAUUAGAAUUAGAAAAGAAAAAAGAAGAAAUUGAAGUAUUACAACGACAACAAGAACAAGAAUUAGAAACUAUACAUGAAAAAAUUAAACAAGCCAUUGCAAAAAAAGAUGAACAAGUACACGGAUUACAUGUUCAAUAUGUUACUGCUGCUAAACGAGCUGAACAUCUUGAAGGUUUAUUAGCACAACAACGAAAAUUAGUUGCAGCGAUACCUUCAAGUAGCAGCAAUGUAUUGAAAAAAGUACAGCCUUCAUGA